UAUUUAGUUAUGCACAGGUCAACCGGUUCAACCUCUAAUCCACCCGUUCAACCUGUAAUUCACGAGUAGAAUCAGUGACCUGAUUAUUCAGUCACAUGCUCAGUUCGAUUACUGAUUUGGUAUGAUAACUAUGCUCUGAAUCUCAAGGUGGUUUUGACAUUAUUUGCAGUGGGAGGAACAAGAUUGAAAAUCAGAGCAGGACUGGUUAACAGUGGUUCCAGAGCUCAAACUAGGAGCCAAAGUAGAACAAGAGUUAGCAUAGCCAUUAGAAGAACAACUAGGCGGCGGGAGCUUCACCACAACAUGGCCUAAUGAGGAUGGUUCACAACACCAUCACUAGAAGAAGAAGCAGUGCCAGGUAACUUUUUCAUAGGUCCGCCAACUAAGGCCCAUUUGGCCAUUUUAAAUAGCAACAAGGAGACGAGGAAUUCACCAAAAACGUGUUUUUCUUUUGUUUUUAUUGCUUUUUAACUUUUCAGAAUGCAAAGUUGACAAAAAAACAUUAAUAUUAGUCAUUACAUAAUUCAUUGGUUAUGGCAACAAAUGAUUAAUCAUGUUUGAGCAUUGAGCAUUCUUGAUUGGCAUGAACAAGGCUACGCAAUCUCUGAAAUGGGUUCUGUUGGAAUUCAUUGAUAAAUGUAAGGACUUGAGAUCCUUCAAGAAAAUUCAUGCACAAUUAUUGACCUCUGCCCUUGUUUCCAAUGACUUGGUUGUCGCCAAAGUUGCAAAUCUUUUUGGUAAACAUGUCAUCAAUGUUCAUUACACCAGCAAUUACUUGAAGCAAAUGGAUUGGAGCUUGAGCUCCUUCCCUUGCAACUUGUUCAUUUCCAGCUAUGCUUCUUCCCACUCACCCAGGGCUGCAAUUCUUGUCUAUAGAUGGGUUUUCAAAAAUGGAUUUGUUCCUGAUGUGUUCACUGUCCCAGCUGUCUUGAAAUCAUGUGCUCGAUUCUCUGGGAUUUUCGAGCUUAGGCAGUUGCAUGCAGUGGUAGUUAGGAACGGUUUGUGGUGUGACAUGUAUGUGCAGAACAGUCUUGUGCAUGUGUACAUCAUUUGUGGGGACAAUGCUAGUGCUUGCAAGGUGUUUGAUGAGAUGCCUAUUAGAGAUGUGGUGUCUUGGACUGGUUUGAUAUCUGGGUCUGUGAAGGCUGGGUUGUUUGAUGAUGCCAUUGCAUUGUUUUUGAGAAUGGAUGUGGAGCCUAAUUUGGCAACUAUUGUUAGCAUUCUUGGGGCUUGUGGAAAACUGGGUUGUUUAAAUUUAGGGAAAGGGGUUCAUGGGUUGGUAGUUAAAUGUCCAUAUGGGAAGGAAUUGGUGGUAGACAAUGCGUUGAUGGAUAUGUAUAUGAAGUGUGAGUCUGUUGCUGAUGCAAGGCAAGUGUUUGAUGAGAUGCCUGAGAAGGACAUUAUUUCUUGGACUAGUAUGAUAGGUGGAUUGGUGCGAUGUCAAUUUCCAAAUGAGUCACUUAACCUGUUCUAUGAAAUGCAGGCAUCAGGUUUUGAGCCUGAUGGGGUUAUACUGACCAGUGUUCUUUCUGCUUCCGCAAGUCUUGGGCUUCUUGAAUAUGGUAGAUGGGUCCAUGAAUACAUUGAUUGCAGCUGCAUCAAACAAGAUGUUCAUAUAGGAACAGCAUUGGUUGACAUGUAUGCAAAAUGUGGUUGCAUAGAGAUGGCACAGCAUGUCUUCAAUGAUAUGCCUUCUAAGAAUAUCAGAACUUGGAACGCCUUUAUAGGUGGCCUAGCAAUAAAUGGACAUGGACAAGAAGCAUUGAAACAAUUUGAAGAGUUGAUUGAAUCUGGGACCAGGCCUAAUGAGGUGACGUUUUUGGCCAUUUUCACAGCAUGCUGCCAUUCCGGCCUGGUCGAUGAAGGUCGUCAGCUUUUCAAUCAGAUGACGAGUCCAAGUUACAAUAUUUCACCGUGGUUAGAACACUAUGGAUGCAUGGUUGAUUUGUUCUGCAGGGCUGGGUUGGUGGGGGAAGCUAUGGAGUUGAUAAAGACAAUGCCAAUGCCGCCCGAUGUGCAGAUCCUAGGAGCUCUCUUAAGUGCCUGCAGUACAUAUGAAAAUGUUGGAUUCUCCCAAGAGAUGUUAAAAUCACUUCAAAAUUUUGAAUACCAAGAUAGUGGUAUAUACGUUCUUCUAUCGAAUCUAUAUGCAGCAAGCAAGAAAUGGACUGAGGUGAGAAGCUUGAGGAGACAGAUGAAAAGGAAAGGAAUAAACAAGGUUCCAGGUUCUAGCAUUAUAAGAGUGGAUGGUAAAAGCCAUGAAUUUUUAGUUGGAGAUAAUGACCAUUCUCAAAGUGAGGAUAUACGUGUAGUGUUAAACACACUUGCGAAUCAAAUCGAUACCCUUUCUUGAUUAUUGUCUUAGGCUUGGUUUAUGUUUGUCUAUGGUCUUUGAUCAAUGAAAUUUUGACACCGAAAACUGGUGGAGGUUAUGAAUUUAUUUCUAGCAAAAGUUAUAAAUAAAAUCAGGGAUUCCUGCUAA